AUGGGACAGGAGACUAGCCCCUCCCUGAGCCCUCCCCAUCCCACUUUAAAUGAGAAUGGGUGUGAAUGGGAAAUGGAGCGUGGGGGAUCGGAUCACCUGACUAAUGUUCAAUGUUCAACAUUCAACGUUAAUGUUAACUGCUCUGUGAACCCCAUUCUUCCUCUCCCUAUCAAUUUUCUCUCGUCGUUGGCCAAUAAACUUCAUGGAAGGUUAGAAAUCUUUGGUGACGCAAUGGAGGAACUUGAUUGGUAUCGAUUAUUUCAACGUUUCUCGUGCAUAAGGCCUACUCGUUAUGAACUGCACCGAACAAGAAAAGGACACAUUUGCUACCUAUAUGCUCCAAGAGAUGCCUAUGAUUCGUGGUUGAUGGUUCAACACCAACAUGACAAGGAUACUAGACCCUUCACUUGGGAUAUGUUCAAAGAUGACUUCAAUGACAAGUAUUUCCCUAAGAAUAUUCGCCGACAGAAAGAGAGAGAAUUCAUUAAGCUGGAGCAGGGAAAUCGUACAGUUACUAAAUAUGAGGCUGAAUUUGCUCGCCUGUCAAAAUUGCCUCUAGAUCUGGUUGCAACAGAAGAAAGAAGAACAAGGGAAGAAAAUAACACAAAGUUGAGUAGUCAGAAAUUUUAUGGUGGAAAUUCGAAGGGGCAGAUUUGGAAGAACAACAGUCAAAAGAUGAGUAAUGAGCAAGGUAGCAACAAUGGAUAUCGCCAAAACAAACAGCAAAAAACUACAUGCUCGAAAUGUCGCAAGGAGUAUCUGGAUGAAUGUCUUGAUGGCAUGGGUCUAUGCUUCCGGUGCGAAAAGACUGGCACCGUGUAUAUGUGUAAUACACCUGCAGCGUCUUGUUUAACUAUGGGGCUACCCACUCAUUUCUUAGUCCUAAAUUUGUCAAGAAGCUGGAAAAAACUCUUAUACAGUCGAAAGAACAGAUUAGUGUAUCCACCCCAUCCGGUUCCAUAA